AUGUUGGAUAGAUUGAAGAUAGCACACUUCAAUACUCGUUCCCUGAUAGCCCAUUUUGAGGAUGUAAGACAGCUCUUACACACUGAAUCCAUUGAUAUAUUGUGUUUGUCUGAAACCUGGCUCAAUGAGGCCAUAGAGGAUAAAAAUGUCGUAAUUAAAGAUUAUUGCUUGUUCCGGGUAGAUAGAAAUGAUGGACGCAGGGGUGGCGGUUUGAUGGUUUAUAUUAGAAAACAUUUGAAAAUUUCGGUAUCGAAAAUUGAUGUUAAGAAGCCGUGCGAUUUUGAAUAUAUGUUCCUUAAACUCAAUUUAGGCGGUAAGUCUUGCAUUUUGGGACUAAUUUAUCGGCCCCCUAAUUAUGGAGUGAAUACUUGUAUAGAACAAAUGGAUGAGUUGCUGUCACAACUGAUUCCGACUUCUGAUUACUUCAUGCUGAUGGGGGAUGUAAAUGUAAAUAUGCUUGACGUAACUAACCGCUUGAAUCUUUGUUGUUCUAAUUACGGAUUGACUCAGGUUAUAGAUGUUGCAACGCGUAUUUCGCGGUUUUCUGAGAGUCUCCUCGAUCCUAUUUUCAUGAGUUUUCCUGAAAAGAAAUUAGAUCAUGGAACUGUUGAUAUUCACUUCUCAGAUCACAGAUUAGUAUAUGUUACUGUAAACCUAAAGAUACCACGGUUCAAACAAAAAUUCGUGACUGUUCGUAAUUUUAAGUAUUUCAAUCACGAUAUGUUUUUGAAUGAUUUGCUAAGUCUGACAUGGCAUGAUUUCUAUAGAGCUGAGAGAAUUGAUGAGAAGGUGAAUCUUUUUGAGGAAAACAUACAAUACAUAUUCAAUUUGCAUGCACCUUUUCGUACCUACAGAGUGAGUAAGCCGCGAGCGCCUUGGCUGACUGAUGAUCUUAGGCUUAUGAUGAGGGAGAGAGAUAACGCAUUCAGUAAGUUCAGGAUAUCCAACAGUGAGGAGGAUAGGUUGAAGUACAAGGAGCUUAGAAAUAAUGUUUUGUACCGUGUCCGACAGAAAAAAAAAGAAUAA